AUGGCUUGUCCUAAUAAACCCAACUGUGGCUUCCCGAACUGGCCAACUGAGGUCAUCCAAAAGGUAGCAAGCAAUUUCACUACGCCAUCUCAGUUGCUUAACUACGCCUGCAUAUGCAAGCGUGCGAACUCCGCGAUCGGCCUCAGGGAAUAUUUGAUUAAUGAUAUUCAAUACUUUCAGACCAGCAGGAGGAGUGAGUGGGCUUCGUUUGUUUGGAGGCACGGGAUCGUUUCGCAAUAUUCCCGGCUUGAACCUCCCACUAGGUCCGGUAAUCAAGAUGCAUUUAAACGUCCGUAUCUUCAAAUGAAGCCUCCAGGGUCAUGUGUACCCCUUAUUAACUGGGCAAUUGAGACAGGAGUGGAUAUAAAUUUGAUUAAAGAGAUCGUCGACAUUUACUCGAGGCUUUACCCUCGUGCGCUCGAAGGCCUGAGGCAUCCUAUGCAUUGCACUGGUAAUCGUAUGGAUGAUAUCCUUCAUGAUUACCUGGAAUACAGGGAUUUCCCUUCGCCCAUGCUUGUAGCUGCUAAAUCAGGACGACUUGACGUAAUAAAGACACUUCUCGAAUCCGGUGUUGAAAUUAGGAAACAGAACUUCACCGAGCGUAUCACUCGAUAUCAUCUAUAUGAGAGUGCUGGGGCGGGAAUGGAUGUAAGGGAUGAAAUGGAUGAUGAUUUCAUGUGCGCAACAGCAGAGGUUGAUGCGUUUUCCCUUGCUUGUGAAGCCGAUGAGGAGAUCGCACAAUUCAUGCUUCGAAAUGGGCUAGAUCUGAGAUAUAGAGAUCUAUGGUGGCCCGUCGAAUUUGGACGUAUGCAGCUUCUUGAGACCCUUUUACAACAUCCACUUUUCAAAACCGAUGAUGGCCAGGAAGCCAUCGUGCAAGUGCUUCAUUGUAUUGCUCGUCAAGGCGAUACCCAUCCAAUCAGGGAUUUUAGCGUUAUCAAACGCCUUCUUGAUGCCACGACCAUACCACCCCUCGAUAAGACAAACUUGCUUGAAACCCUGACUGCCCGAGCCUUGAGAAGUGGAAGGAGUCCUUACAAAAGUGCGUUGAGCUGGCAUCUAUUUGACCUCUUUAGAAACUCGGGACCCCAGUCGCUUAUUAGCUUCGAAAUUGCUCGACAGGCUGCCCGCAGCGACGACUUCCUGGAAAUCACAAGAGCUAUUCUGUUGGACGUCGAGCACUCUAAGAAAGCCAACGGAAACAAAGAAAUAAGCUGGAUAGAUCAUAUAAUGAAACAGGCCUCAGAGCGCAUUUGUCCUCGUACCGCAGAGUGUCUCCUUAGCUUCGGGUAUAAGUUUUCUAGUAUACGCCUCCAGCAAGCUGUCUGCGGUACUUCAUUCCGUGGUCCUUGCGAUAGCUUGGCAUAUACCGCUCAACUUGAUUUGAUUGACAUUAUCGUCAACUCUGGUAUAUCUGUUGGCUCGAUCAGAGUUCAAUCCCGGUUAGGCGGGUUGACUCUGCUAGAAGAAGCACUACGCCAUUCGCGGAUAAUAAAGACUGAGGACGACCGAUGGAGACUGGACUGCCUCGUAGCACUUAGACUAAUGCACCACGGCGCCGACCCCACAGAAGUCGGAGAAAAGACAUUGGAAUAUUGGCUUGAACCGGAAUUGUAUAUGGACGGGGACCUAACGAAUUAUUUUUUUUACAGGAUACAUGAUCCAAAUGAUUCCGCGAAUCCAGGGCGUGAGAUAUUUUCUCACAAAGUAUCAAGUGUAGAUUCUCCUCUAUAUUUCGAGCAGGUCUAUACUAUGGCGGUGAUGAUGAAAGGCAAGGACUUCCUCGAAAGUUUGUUGACAAAAUGGAGGGUUUAUCAAGAAACAUGGGCUGAGAGGAAGAGAUAUUCAUUUUCCUGGGAUUGAAUUCGUUCCGGGGUUCUCUCAUGGAUCAUGAAUGACUCCCACUCAGCGCGCCUCUCGGGGAAGGGGAUUGGAAGUUAAGGUAAAUUAUUUGCGUUUUAUAAAACGUCUCGUGUAAGAUAAGAGGUAGAUAUAGAA